GGCGGCCCGCCCGCCCCUGCUUCCUGGGCCGGGCUGGGCGCGGCGGCCUCCGCGCCCCCGCCCCGCCGAGCGGAGCCGCCGCAGCGCCGGUGGCGGGGCGCGCUCGCCGCCCGUCGCGGGAGCUGCAUGUGCGCGGGAGGAGCGGCGCAGGAUGGCGGUGCUCAAGCUGGCCGACCAGCCACCGCUGGUCCAAGCAAUUUUCAGUGGUGAUCCAGAAGAGAUACGGAUGUUGAUCUACAAAACUGAGGAUGUCAACGCCUUGGAUGCUGAGAAACGAACUCCUCUUCAUGUUGCGUCAUUCCUGGGGGAUGCAGACAUCAUCGAGCUUCUCAUUUUGUCUGGUGCUCGUGUUAAUGCCAAGGACAAUAUGUGGCUGACUCCUCUCCAUCGAGCAGUUGCUUCAAGAAGUGAAGAAGCAGUGCAAGUGUUGAUUAAGCACUCAGCUGAUGUCAAUGCUCGGGACAAGAACUGGCAGACACCAUUGCACGUGGCGGCUGCAAACAAGGCAGUGAAGUGUGCGGAGGUCAUCAUCCCCAUGCUGAGCAGCGUCAACGUCUCUGACCGGGGAGGGCGGACAGCAUUGCACCAUGCAGCUCUCAAUGGCCACAUCGAGAUGGUGAACCUGCUCUUAGCCAAGGGGGCAAACAUUAAUGCUUUUGACAAGAAGGACAGAAGAGCUCUUCACUGGGCAGCGUACAUGGGUCACCUGGAAGUUGUUGCCUUGCUGAUUAAUCAUGGUGCAGAAGUGACUUGUAAAGACAAGAAGGGUUACACCCCACUUCAUGCAGCUGCAUCCAAUGGGCAGAUUAACAUUGUGAAACACCUUCUUAACCUGGGGGUAGAGAUUGAUGAAAUGAACAUCUACGGAAAUACUGCACUUCACAUUGCCUGUUACAAUGGUCAGGAUUCUGUUGUUAAUGAGCUGAUUGACUAUGGUGCUAAUGUAAAUCAGCCUAAUAAUAGUGGAUUCACUCCCUUGCAUUUUGCUGCUGCCUCCACUCACGGAGCACUGUGUCUUGAACUACUAGUGAAUAAUGGGGCAGAUGUUAACAUUCAGAGUAAGGAUGGGAAGAGCCCGCUGCACAUGACAGCUGUCCAUGGGAGGUUCACGCGCUCGCAGACCCUCAUUCAGAACGGAGGGGAAAUUGACUGUGUUGAUAAGGAUGGUAACACCCCUCUGCAUGUGGCUGCAAGAUACGGACAUGAGCUUUUGAUUAACACUCUCAUAACCAGCGGAGCUGAUACUGCCAAGUGUGGGAUCCACAACAUGUUCCCUUUACACUUAGCAGCGCUGAAUGCUCACUCAGACUGCUGCAGGAAAUUGUUGUCGUCGGGCUUUGAAAUAGACACCCCUGAUAGUUUUGGAAGAACGUGCCUCCACGCUGCCGCUGCAGGAGGUAAUGUUGAAUGUAUAAAACUCUUGCAAAGCAGUGGAGCAGAUUUUAAUAAGAAGGACAAAUGUGGGAGGACACCUUUGCACUAUGCAGCUGCAAAUUGUCAUUUCCACUGUAUUGAGACACUGGUGACAACAGGAGCCAAUAUUAAUGAAACAGACGACUGGGGACGCACCCCUUUGCACUAUGCUGCUGCUUCUGACAUGGACCGAAAAAGAAAGAAUAUUUUAGGUAACUCCCAUGAAAAUGCUGAAGAACUUGAAAGAGCCAGUGAGAUGAAGGAAAAAGAAGCUGCAUUGUGUCUAGAGUUUCUUCUGCAGAACGACGCCAAUCCAUCUAUCCAAGACAAAGAGGGGUACAACACUGUGCAUUACGCUGCUGCGUAUGGGCACCGGCAGUGUCUGGAACUGCUUCUGGAAAAAACGAACAAUAUGUUUGAGGAAUCUGAUUCUGCAGCUACGAAAAGUCCUUUGCAUUUAGCUGCCUACAACGGUCAUCACCAAGCCUUGGAGGUACUUCUCCAGUCGCUGGUAGAUCUGGAUAUUAGGGAUGAGAAGGGACGCACUGCUUUGGACCUGGCUGCAUUUAAAGGACACGCGGAGUGUGUGGAAGCUCUCAUCAGCCAGGGUGCUUCUGUCACUGUAAAAGACAAUGUCACCAAAAGGACCCCCCUCCAUGCCUCAGUCAUUAAUGGCCAUACACCUUGUUUGCGGUUGUUGCUAGAAGUUGCAGACAACCCUGAUGUGACAGACGCCAAAGGACAAACCCCGCUGAUGCUUGCAGUGGCAUAUGGGCACAUCGAUGCUGUUUCUUUGUUACUUGAAAAAGAAGCAUCUGUAGAUGCAGCUGAUCUCCUGGGAUGUACAGCUUUACAUCGAGGGAUUAUGACUGGGCACGAAGAGUGUGUUCAGAUGCUGUUAGAGAAAGAAGUGUCUAUUUUAUGUAAAGACGCCAGGGGCAGAACCCCUCUGCACUUUGCAGCAGCUCGGGGCCACGCCACUUGGCUGAGCGAAUUACUGCAGAUAGCGCUCUCGGAGGAGGACUGCAGCCUGAAAGAUAACCAGGGCUACACGCCGCUGCACUGGGCGUCUUACAAUGGUCAUGAAAACUGCAUAGAGGUACUAUUGGAACAAAAAUUAUUCCGCAAAUUCUAUGGUAAUAGCUUCUCUCCAUUGCACUGUGCCGUAAUUAAUGAUCAUGAAAACUGUGCAUCACUGCUCAUUGGAGCCAUCGAUGCCAGCAUUGUCAAUUGCGAAGAUGACAAAGGAAGAACGCCCCUUCACGCAGCGGCCUUCGCGGAUCAUGUGGAGUGCCUCCAGCUCCUCCUGAGCCACAGCGCACAAGUCAAUGCUGCGGAUCACACAGGGAAAACGCCUCUCAUGAUGGCAGCUCAGAACGGUCACGUAGGCGCUGUGGACUUUUUGGUGAACAUUGCCAAGGCUGACCUGACAUUAAAAGAUAAGGAGUUGAAUACAUCUUUGCACUUGGCUAGCAGUAAAGGUCAUGAAAAAUGUGCCUUGUUAAUACUUGACAAGAUACAAGAACAGAGCCUUAUCAAUGCAAAAAAUAAUGCAUUGCAGACACCUCUCCAUAUUGCUGCACGAAAUGGCUUAAAGAUGGUGGUUGAAGAGUUGCUAGCCAAAGGGGCAUGCGUCCUAGCAGUAGAUGAAAAUGGUCAUACGCCAGCCCUGGCUUGCGCUCCUAACAAAGACGUGGCUGACUGCCUGGCACUCAUUUUGGCUACCAUGAUGCCUUUUUCUCCCUCCAGUUCAAUGACGGCUUUCAACUUCGUUUGUUUUAAAAAAGACAAUUUGGGCAGGACACAUCUCUGCGAUGGCUCCAGUAUGGGUAGCAUUAACUCUUACAAUAAGCCCUUGAGUAAUAACGUGGGAACAGAGGAUGGGUACAAUGAAAAUGAUUCGGAUUCUGAAACAUUUUGACUUUUUGGUAUUCAGAAACUUCUUUUCAUUAUUAUUUCAUGUCAGCUUUAUUUUUGUCUUUUUAAACAGCUUAAAUCCCACAGCUAUGUUCUUAACUAUUAUUCUUGACAAGUAGGUAUUGAAAGAUUUGUAGAGUUGCCGAAAAUCGAGCCUUUAAACAACAAAGUUAGAGGGGUUUACUGGAACAUAUUCCCAUUAAUGUUCUGCAGCUUUUCAGCUCUCUGAUGUUUUCUUCAGGCCCUAAGUGCCCCUGUGGAAAGUCUCUACCUCUUAUUUUAAGUAGAAGAAGAGAAAAUGCCUUUUUUCUUUUUGACAGCACAAAUAAACAGGGAACUGUUUGUAAAAAGUUCUUAAAUGUUUUAGCUGUACCUUUAGCACACAAACAUAUUCCCAGUGUAGCCUUCGUAGAUUUGAGCAUCACCCCUUUCCUGUUUGUCUGUUUCCUGCUUCCGGGGCUCUGAUAAUUAGAUGAUUUUUUUUUUUUUUUUUACACAAACCAAAGGUAAAGUUGUAAAUCUUAAAAACUGCCUGUAUUACUUUUCUGCAGGAAAUGAAACCUUUCACAUUCUGUGUGUAUUAAGCACUUAAACGUACAGAAGGCACUUUUUACAGUUCUUAGUUGCAGCACACAGUUAGAAAAAUAUACUUACUAACUCUUAAGGCCAAAUUCUACUUGUCUCACCAUAUUUUCCCAUGGAUGUUAGUGGAACCACUUGUGUAAAAUGAGUAUCACUUGGCCCUUACUUUUUUUUUUUUUUCCAAUUCAGCACAAACAUGUACAGUUUAUUUGCACUACAGAAUUAGGGUCAUUAGAUGUUUCUGUCACCUGAGCCAUUAAUGAUGAAUCUAGCACCAGGAAAAAAAAAAAGGGGUGGGGUGGGGUAGGGUGGGGAGGGAGGAAAUCAGGUGUAGACAAAGGUGUAUGUAAGAGUUUAUAAUGACUUGCCAUCUUAAAUGGAUUGUUUUUUUCCUCUUCUAUGCUGAAAUAAUUUAUUUUUACUGUAAACAGUAUCAAGUUCUAAAAUACUUUUGCCAGUGUUUGGAUUAACAGAGCAAAGGUAAAGCAAUGAAAGCAGAACACCAAAAGCUGAAAUACCAAACACCAGAAAACAUAGCAGUGUGAUCAGAGAUACAUGCUAAAAAAGCCUGUUGUCACCAGCUUUUAAAGCAAUGUCAACUUUGUGAAUAUGUUUACUCCUUCUGCCAAAGUUUCUAGGUCAAAUGGACCACGACCCUCGCCUGCAACAGAUAUACAAAAGGAAGAAUGACACUUUCUAAACAAAACCAAACAAAAAUAUAAACAAAAAGUUAUCAUGAACUAACCAGCUGUACCAAGAGGACCAAAAUGCUUCAGUAGUUAAAUGGAAGACUUUGCUACUUUUAUUUUUUUCUUCAAAUGUGAGUGACAUAAUGAAGUAGUUUUUCUAAACCAUAAAAAUAUAAACUUUUGAGGAAAUGAGUAGUCUCGAGCGAAUUUUACAUUUUAUGACGCAGGUUUCAAGUUGACAUUUGUAACUGAUGAUGUAUUGACCACAGUUUUGUUUUUUUCCAGACUAAAGAAUAUGUUCAUAUACCUUUAAUGUAAAUGUGUUUAUAUUUAUUUGAAAUGAAACAAAUGCCCAGGAAAAAUAACUAUGGCUUGUUCUCCUAGUUAGCAUUUGUGUGUACUAUUUGGCAUGAUGUGAAAUGAAAUGUGAAUCUAGGCAAGAGUGAUGGCCUGAGUAGAGAAAGGAAGGGCUGAUGCACUUUGGGAGAGUGCCCACCUUCUUGUACAGAACGCAAAGAUUAAGUCCACAGGCUAUGGUGGUAAAAAGCAGAAAGCAAAACACCUUCCCUCAUGUAAGCGCAUAAGAAAGGGCUGCAGCCCCUGUGCAGCCACAGUAAAGAGGGGAGAAGGUCGUACAGCACAGGGUCAAGGUGUGCGGGUUCCUGUGGUUCACGCUCAGGCUGCCUGCAGGCCUGCAUCUGUGCUGUGCGGGGAGGAUGAGAUGAGCUUCUCCUCAGUGCACGCUUUGGGCAGGGUAAAUGAAAAGUAAGGAUUUUUAUUUUAGUUGCAGUUUUUAGCCGUGUUCCACUGUAUUGUUAAAAAUCUGUUGGCAGAUUCCAGUUCUUUAAUUAAGAAAAUAUUUAUGUAUCAAGUUUAUUUUGCCUUGCUAAAAUUAAAUAUUUUUUUCCUUGAGCGUUAACAGAUUUCCAAAGUUUUUUUAAAAAAAUAAUAAUCACAAGGGAGAGUCUCUGUAAAAGUGAACGUUUCUUUUCCCUCAGCUCUGUAUUUCUGCAGUAGAAUGACAGAGCACCUGAAACCCUGGUUUUCUCCUCAGAAAUAGCACAGAACAACGUUUUUAUGAUUGAAUUUUCUUAACGUUUUUGCUUUUAAGGGUUGCAGAAUAGCAAUAACCACCUUACUUUAAGCACUGAAAAUAAGAGAGAUCACUUGUUGAAAGUUUUCAGUGGCGUCUGUUCAGAAAUGAAUAGAAAUCCAAAAUUUUUCUUUGUUUUAUGUUGAAUUAUGUCAUUGAAAACAAAUAAACAAAUGGGAAGGAGCUGCCACCUGUCUAACAGCAGGAUCAUCCUUUUGGUGUUAUUUUAACCAGAGAUGUAGGCAGGCUCCUUGGCAGUAUUACUUUUAAGUUUCACCCCGAAACAAAGAAAGUUACGCUAUCCUAUGUGAAGCUGCUUUCAUUAGGAGAAAACCAGUCCUCUCCACAAAGAGGAUGCUGUAUUAUUUUAAGCAGCUAUUAAAAAAAAAAAAAAAAAUCAGUAUUUUCACUUGCUAACACAGAGUUACUGAAAAUUCUUCUGUAUAUUUGCAAUACCUUGUAACUCUGGAAAUCGUGUAGUGCAGUAACUGCUGCCUCUUACAUAGGCGGUUACUGAAUUACUUUGAUCCUGCUUUUGAUUCUAGGAACCAAAUCCAAACUUCAUCGAUUAAACUUUUCUGUAAACUAACAAUGAUGUAAAUAUGCAAUGUUCCAAAAAAAUCAUAGAAACAUAUGAUUUGUUGGUGUCUUAAGGGCAUUGUGAAAGUCACGUUUGGAGUGUGCUGUAUUUAGGAGGAAAACUGUCAUGAGCAAGACACUUGGAAGUACUCGGUAUUGGCCUAUCCCACAUCUCACAUGAAUUACCAGAAUCCCUUUUCCUUUUUUUUGUAUGCUAGUACAUUAAUCUGCAAUAUAGUUUAUCACAUGUAGAAAACAAAUUUGAAAUUUAGGGCAGGUAUUUAAGCAUGGGAAUAAUUUUACUCUUGUAAAUAAUCACCUUGCCUUUCUGCGGACUCUUUGCGAGAGUAGAGUUAAUCGUAUAUAGUUGUUGCACUUAACCCUGGAUCCUGCAAUUUACCGUGGCCGACUUCUGUGUCUGCACCAAGCAGAGGGUGUUCAGGAGGGGCAGCUGUAUGCCCAAGUGCGUUAGCAGGAUCGGUUCAUCCCGUAUUUUAACCACAGUGGCAGGUGGAAUCCAUAGCAGGAUGGGGUCCCAAGUCUCUCUCAUAAAUACUGAGUUACAACCUCCAGACUGCCUGAAAUUGCUGUGAAAUAGCUCAGGGGAUUUCUGUUCAUCGCUACUAAAAGGGCACCAUAAUGUGUUUGGUACUUUUACGCAGUAAACAACUGCCAGAUUAUUGAAUUAGAACAAACACAUGAAAUGAAUUGUUUAUCCAUUGUACUGUUGAGAAACUUGGUUAUGUAUCUUGAGGAUGAUUUUAAAAAAAAUAAUUGUGAUUUUUAUUCUUAGUCAUGUAAGAAAUAUUAGAGUGCCUUUUUAUAUUUGUGUAUUAUGGAAAUGUUUUGUGAAACAGUCUUUUUUCCCUUUUUUUUUUUUCCUUUGAGUGUUACAAAAGCAAUAUAUUACCAGUAAAUUUUCAUUUCAGACCUUCCUUGAAUGUAUAAAGUGUUUCUUCUUUUCAUAUGUCUACCUGCAUUGAAAUGAAAAUUAAUAUGCUAAAUUUCUAUAGGAAUAAUGUAUAAUUUUUGCAGUGCUGAAAAUGCUUUCUUAUCACACAAAAAGUAAACCUUAGGUCAGUGUUAUAGGAAAGGGCGUUUUAAACUAGUGACAAUCCGAGUGUGUGUAUAAAAUGUAAUUUUAUGCGUUUCUUAUGCAGUGAUCUACAUAUUAAAGCCAAUAUCUUAUGUUUUGUAGGUUUUGUCUUAUAUUUUACGCUUUAGCAUGUGCAAUAUAUCUUUACAAACCAUGGUGAUACGAAUCUGGUGCCAGUGUUAUAUUUUGCAUAACAUUUGUAAUAAACAAUAUAAAAAUAUUGUUUGAUGGUUUCAGUGGGGUUUUGUCGAUAUUGUUUUGGUUUUGUAAAUUGCAGUUUAAGGACUUGGGUAAAUGUCUCAUAUGAAAUGAGACAAAAAAAAAAGAAAAAAAAGACUUAAUUCAGUGAAUGACUUGGAAUUCAACCUGAAUCUUCUCAAGCACAGUUUAGUAAUUUUUUCAACUACUGAAUGCUGUAUUAAUGUAAUGAAGAAUCCUAACUGUAAACUACAAUUGCAAUGCAUUCAGAUGGUUAUUUUUACAAAUAAAAAUGGUACAAAUACUGUUGGAAAA